AUGAAAUCUAGUCUUUAGGAGAGGCUUCUGGAUGAUUUGCACCUUCUCAAGGAUCCAGAUCUUGAUGGUGGUGAUGACGACUCCGAAGAGACUGUGGGUGAUGAGGACAGCGUCGAGGAGGCUGAGGUCGAAGCCGAUCAUUCAUUGAGCGUGGCACCUACCAUAUCGAGAGACAACAGUCAGCUCAACUCAUGUGAGUCGACAUGGGCUUCACAAUUUCGGAUUGGUGAGGAAAUUUCACGCCGACUAGCCACCAUGAUAGACCGCGGCAAUUAUGGAAGUGAGUGA